AUGAAACACAAAAAGGGGAAAUCACCAGAACAAGGGAAGAAGAAGGGCGAGCGCGGCCGUCUGAAACCUGCAGAACCCCUGAAGAAGACUGCGAUGCAGAACGUGCUAAACGAACACGAGAAAGCCGCUGUGACAUGUCUCAGGCUUCUGUCCUUGCAAACUAAACGAAUGCACAAAAUCAGGCUCGAAAACGAUCCUUUGCAUCAAUUCAGUCUGGAACAAGCGUUUCUCGUCGCGACUGAAAUCUACAGCAAAUUGGAGUCUCAGAUUCUGUCUCAUGACCUCAUACAAGAUUUGAUGGCUAAUCUCAUUUGCCUGCAAAGGGAACGAGUGAAACUCUAUCCAGAAGCUGUUCUCCCAUUUGCGGUUACAUUGAAACAGCUCAUGCUGACCGUUUCCGAGAUCAGCAAUUUUCUCCAAAGAGCCUCGGCUGCGCCCGUGACCGAUUGGAUUGGAGUCUCGGAUAAACUCGUCGAGAACGCUCAAGCCGAAACAGCGAACUCCCAGCGACACGUCAAGAUCCUCGACUACGUCCCGCGUCGAGAGCACUUCCGUUUACUGGAGAUGAUCGCGCGAGGCUCAAUAUCGAAUAUCUACAGAGUACUCCACGUGCCUUCAGAUACGAUCAUGGCGUUGAAAAUCACUCGAUUGCCUCGACUUGAUAUCAGUGAUGAGAGACAAGUUACCCAAUGCUAUGUGGAUAAGGCCGUCGCGUCGAUGGUGAGCAAUCCGAGCGUCAUCAAGAUCUUCGCUGUGUACAACGCCAAGCCGAACGUCAGUGUCCUGCUCAUGGACGGUUCGAUACCGCGAGCGGACCUCCAGAACCUGGUCGAAUCCGUGGGCUUCUUGGAUUCCGAGUCGGUAGCACUGAUAAUCCUGCAGGUGAUCCUUGCCGUGGAGCAUAUUCACAUGAGCGGCUUCAUUCAUCGGGACGUAAAGCCUACGAAUGUAUUGGUCGAUACGGCGGGUCAUGUCAAAUUGGUGGAUUUCAAUUGUGCGAAAAUUUGUCGCGGUCAUUACACCAAGCGGGUCCUUAUGUCCUACUUCAAGAGGACUGCAAGCGAAUUCCGAGAAAAAGAUUCCUGUGGCGCCUUAGCCUACACCGCCCCAGAAAUCUUGAAGGGUGCCCCUUUUGGUCGUUCGGCCGAUUGGUGGUCCGUCGGGGUUCUCCUCUAUAAGAUUUCUUCGACCAAAACUCCAUUCAGAUCUCGAGACGCGGCUGCGCUGAGGAAAAAAAUCGUCCACGACAAUUUCUUCUGGCCGAAAGAGAACAGCGCUACAGUCGAUGCGAAGGAGUUCACCCACGAUCUCUUGAAAAAAAAUCCGAGCGAACGCCUCGGCUCAAAGACCUACAGGGAGUUCAAAGAGCACAAUUACAUCGUAUUCGCGAGCAAACUCUUGGACGAUCUCGUGGUCAAGUUCAAGGGCAAGUCGACCACCUAUAGGGAUCCCGAGCACAAGGUUUUCUACACCAAGUGCAUCAUGGACAUGGAGCCCCUGUUCAAGAAUCUCAAACAUUCCGGCAGAACGACUGGCGUUUCUACGUGCCCCCGCUUCGAGGAUCUGGAAGAUGAAGACAAGCAUCAACCUCUGUUCACAUUCUCGAACAUCAAAUUCCGAAAGCUUCUGGACAGGAUCUCAUCGGGAGAAGCCGCCUCGGCGGAACUGAAGUUGCAGUAUAUGUCAAGCAUUACGCCUCCUCAAGCCGAUCUCGACUACUCCGCGCCGAGCAACGCGUACGAAGAAACCGACACUAUUUUGGAGACGACGAAAAAUGAAAUUGACGUGUAUAGAGAGGCGAUCCUCCAGAGACAGUGGGUCAACAUGCCGCUGGGGGGAAGGCCCAAACAACCUCUCGUCGACUUGAUUACGGUCUUCGGUGAUGGCAACCAGGUGUAUCCGGUGGUCGCUGAUACCGAUUUCGCUCAAGAGGAAUUUGAGACCCCUCUAAUUAAAGGUGACAUGAUCGCAGCGGUCAACAACAAUCCAGUCAUGGACCUGUCUCUCGAGGAAGUCCUCUCCAUCAUCGAUAAAGAAAUCGAAAGCCUCAGACCACGAGUGAUGACGUUGAGUUGCCAAGUACUGUCCAGAAAUCCAUUCAGACUAUUCAAAACCAGCGCUACGAAUGCGCUAGCUGCAAUAAGCUCGGCGAGGAUGACGCGACUCACUUUUUAUAAGCCCGAACUGUCUACCGAGUUCCUCUUGACCAGUCUACACACGGUAUGGAACACGAAGACGAAAGCCUACGAAAGCUAUCACGUGAUUUCAUUCGUACAUCCCGAUUCGCGAAUCCUAGAGGCUGAGAGCGUCUUAUUUGGAGACAUACUUGUGGAGAUCGAGGGCCAUCCCUGCGCCGACCUAAGCGAGGAUGAUGUUCAAGCUCGGUUGCAGAGUCCGGAGAAAGUGGUCAUCUCAGUCUUAGAACUCUCAAUACUGCACAGAAAGGAUCUCCUUGAGUUGUCUCUAAUCUCCUUCGACUAG